AUGUGUAUAUUUCUAUCUCACAAACGUCUAAAUAAAAGCAUCAGCGGAGAUUCAGAACAAGAUAACUUCUCGUUGGACAGAGGUCGAGAGAGGCUGUCACUGCACAUUGCGGUGGUGCUAUUGUCGGUUUACCAGACAUGUAAGGCAGCGAUACCAAAUCCUAGCCAGAGUUAUGCAGUUCUGGGCUCACCUAUUAAUGCUGACCUAAAUGAAGAUGGUUAUUUCUACCCGAAACCAAUAAUACCUUUCCCGCCACCUCCUCCGCCACCACCAAUAACUCGGCCACCGCCACCACCAAUAACGCGGCCACCACCACCGCCAGUUACUCGGCCACCACCACCGCCAGUGACUCGGCCACCGCCACCGCCAGUUACUCGGCCACCGCCACCACCAGUAACAUCGGAUGAUGGUUAUUUCUAUGAGAAACCCAAAAUACCAUUCCCACCACCCCCACCUUCUCCACCUAGAACGCCUCCUCCUCCUCCACGGACUCCACCACCACCUCCACCAACACUUCCACCACCUCCGAGAACACCGCCGCCUCCCCCAAGGACUUUACCACCAAGGACUAAUCCUCCACCAACGCUUAGUACAGGAUACUACUAUAGUACUCCUCGGAAACCGUUCCCUCCACCAACAAGACCUACCAGACCGCCACCCACAAGGAUUCCAACAACGUCACCCCCGCCUUCUACUUAUUUACCUCCUUCAACCACAAGAAGACCACCACCAAGCAGGCCCUCUACUUACUUACCUCCGACAACAAGGCCACAACCUUCAACAAGGCUUCCACCACCUCCUCCUCCUACAACCAGACCACCACCACCGACAACCAGGAGACCACCACCACCACCACCACCACCACCAACAACAAGAAGACCACCGCCACCACCACCACCACCACCAACAACAAGGAGGCCUCCUCCAAGACCAACGACCAGACAACCAACUUACUCUACGAUAUCAGAUAAUAGUAGAACUACUGGCUAUGAUUAUCCAAAACCAAAUGUGACUUUCACAUUCCCUACAAGAUCACCAACGACAUAUUUGCCUCCAACCACACGGCCUAUAGUUACAUAUCUUCCACCCUCAACAACGAGGAGACCAAGACCACCUACCAGUCCUUCACCACCACCGACCAGACCUACUUUCUCAACAUACCUACCACCUUCUACAACUCAGAGACCAACACCGCCACCCACCCGACCCACUUUCCCAACCUACUUACCACCUUCCACAACUGAAAGGCCCUCACCACCACCAACAACACGACCGACGCUGCCACCAACAACGAGGCCAACUCCACCACCAACCCCAAGACCAACUCCACCACCAACCCCAAGACCAACUCCACCACCAACCCCAAGACCAACUCCACCACCAACCCCAAGACCAACUCGGCCACCAACCACAAGGCCAAGUCCACCACCAACUUACUCAACAUUGUUACCAGAUUUUAGAACCACGGGUUACGAUUACCCUAAACCAAGUGUGACGUUUACGAUACCAACCUCAGCCAGGCCCACUCUACCUACACGACCAUCUACCUACAUACCACCAAGACCGACACAGCCACCGACGACCCGAAGACCAACACGACCACCAUUUGUACCUGACCAAGGAUACUUCUACGAUAAACCUUUAGUACCUUUUGUGUUCUAA